AUGUCUCUAGAGACCGGCAAGAAUGUCGUGGAUAGUGGAGAAGCUCGUCUCAUUGCCCUUGGUUACAAACAAGAACUGAAGCGCGACUUUAACCUCUUCACCAACAGCGCCAUCAGCUUUAGCAUUAUUUCCAUCCUCACUGGAGUCACCGGCUCCCUGGGGAUUGCCAUGAACAAUGGCGGUCCUGUGGCAGCUGUCUGGGGAUGGGUGUGGGUCGCUGUCAUGACCAUGACAGUGGGCAUAGCCAUGGCUGAGAUUGUGUCAUCCCUGCCCAGCAGCGGAGGCCCCUACUUCUGGAGUGCGCAGCUGGCUACCAAGAAGUACUCGCCCUUUGCAGCCUGGAUGACAGGCUGGUUUAAUCUGCUGGGCCAGGCAGCAGUGACUGCCGGCAUUGACUUCACGCUUGCCAAUCAUCUUGCGGCCAUGUGGCUCCUGUCCAGUGGCAAGGUCUUCACUCAGGGGGAGCUCCUGGCCACCUAUGCAGUGAUUCUGGUGGUCCACGCGUUGAUCAACUUUUUGCCGACGCGCGUUCUGGCAAUCAUGAACGGAGUCUCAGCCGUCUGGCACGUUGUGGGUACAUUCACUCUUAUCAUCCUGCUGCUGGCAGUCGCGCCCACUCACCAGUCUGCGGAGUAUGUGUUCACCACCUUCAACAGCGACACUGAAGCCACCGGCGUUCCCUCCUCUGCGUACAUCUUCCUGCUGGGCAUCCUCAUGAGCCAAUUUACACUGACUGGAUUUGACGCGUGCGGACACAUGAGCGAGGAGACCAAGUCAGCUGACUGGUCUGCACCCUGGGGCAUUAUCAUUGCACUCGGCACUUCUGCUUUGGUCGGCUGGGGCUACAUCCUCGCUCUGCUCUUCAGCAUCCAGGAUCCUGCGAAUUUGACUGCCGGUAACGCCAACGGCUACACGAGCGGCCAGAUCUUCUACGACGCCUUCUAUGCGCGUUACGGUACGGGUACGGGAGCGGUGGUGGCCAUGGGAAUCCCUAUGAUCGCCAUGUUCUUCUGUGGCGCUUCCUCCGUCACGUCCAACUCCAGGAUGCUGUGGUCCUUCUCGCGCGACGGAGCGAUGCCUCUCUGGAGGGUGUGGAGCAGCGUCAACCCCUGGACCAAGACACCAAUCAACGCCGUCGUUUUCAUGGUCGUGCUGGCCUUCAUCCUGGGUCUGCCCAUGCUCAACUCCAUCACCGCCUUCACCGCUGUCAUCUCCAUCUCAACCAUCGGCCUCUACAUCUCCUACGCCAUCCCCGUCUUCAUCCGCCUGAUCAACAAUAAGGACUUUGAGCCCGGCCCGUUCUCGCUGGGCACCCUUGGAGUCAUCAUCUCCUGGAUCUCUGUCCUCUGGGUCGGCUUCAUCACGGUGGUCUUCGUGCUGCCUGGAGUGUAUCCGGUGACGUCCACCAACCUCAACUAUGCGCCGGUGGCCGUGGGUAUCGUGCUUUUCGGCGCGCUGAUAUUCUUUUUCUUCCCCUACAUCGGCGCCUACCGCUGGUACCGCGGCGAGCGCCACACGGUCGAGGAUUUCUCGAUGCACAAGAGGGAGGCCGAGGCCGCCAAGGCAUCCUCUGCCGAGCCCAAGGAGUCCGCCAGUGGCAGGCGAAGUGUUGAUCUAGAAAUCUCCUCACUCAAGGAGCUUAGGUGUGCAAGCUCUGUAUCGCUGGAAAUGGACUGGGAGAAGUUCACGGCCAGUGUGGAUGUGCUGGAGGGGUGCAGGGCAACCACCAUGCCUGCAGAGGCCCCUCGACCAGUCCUCAAUUCCAUCUGCACAGGCAACACAGCCAGGAGGCUGCCUCAGGACAUCGCUGUAAGGCCUGGCAGCACAGACCGGCUUGUUGUCAACCUGGCAGAAUACCGCAAGGGCUACCACUAUCUGGUGGAGGUCCCCCGGGCGGCGCCUGAUCAGGAGAACCUGACCCCACGCCGCGUGCUGGACCAGCAAGGCUCCAACGACUUCACCGCCUACAUGCAGGAGACCGCCGGAUCCCCCAUGUUCAGCCCCGACCUGUACAUGGCAUCGAGUCCAUUUGCUGCGCACACGCGGCAGCCCUUCGACAGCGCGAGCUGCCGGUCGCGGCUGUCGGAUUACGGGUACGACACGCACUCGGAGGACGGCGAUUACGGGGACUACGGGGACGAGGACGGGUGUAUAAACGGUGAGGGCGCUCCAGAUCAGGACGCGCAGGGCACCAAGCGGCCCGCGGAGCCAAUCGAAGACUGUGGCUUCUGGGCUGAGGUUGGCGCUUCGGAGAGCCAAGAAUCUCCGGCGAACAGCCAGGGCACGAGCACAGAGACGCACUUCCAGUUCGCGCCGCCAGGGCCGGUGGAGUGGGAGGUCAACGAGUGGGACAGCGCCAGCGAUCGCGGCAAGCGCCAGUGCACGCCCUCUGCCGCGCGCAAGGAGCUGUUUCCUAGUCUGGCGAGCCGCCACGGCUCCGACGGCGUUCUCUGCCCCGCCGCGCCUGAUCAGGCGCCCCUCGAUCGGCUUCAAGCCCCCAGGCCGCCGCCAGCCGUGCUCCUGCCCUGGGACAUGGAGUGA